UGUGUGUGUGAUGUUUUCACAGCUAUGCCAUGCCCACAAAGACCAUGGAGGUGUUUGUGUCAAAGGCCGAGAGAUCCAAGAGUAAAAUGGAUUCUGUUCUUACAACCCAUCAGCGUGUGGUUCGGAUCAGCGGUCUGGGUGCAACGCUUGCUCCCAUUUUCUUGGAAAUCCUGCAGACUAAUCAGCCUGAGGGAGUCCAUCUCUUAGUGAAAGAGUAUACGGAAGAAGAUUUCCAGGUGCGACUCAAGAGUCGUCCAGAGCUUGAAGAGCUACGGUCCAAAAUGAAGUGAGCCAAGCCGGCGAUUCCUCGUAGGUGCUUUUGCGCAGCAGCGUUCGGCUCAGUCCCUCGCGGCUCUCCACGACACCGUGGAAAGCAAAGCAUUCUGUUCGCCGGGCCAGCUGACUCUCCCGCUUUGGGCCUUCCGUCCACAAUAAACAAUAAAACAGUCUUUGGGGGAGGGGUCUGAUUUGUAUCUGCGGGGCUGGGAAUAGGGAGCAUUUUCUGUAGUGUAAAGGUUCAUGUUUGCGGGCUCCCCCCUCUUUGAAUAAACCACGAGGCUCUUUCUUUU